AUGGCUGGCAUGCGAGGCUAUGAUAAGCUCGCGCAUCUGAUGAGCCACUAUCCAGAAUACGGCAUCGUCCGCCGAUUCCGCGAGCUGAACUACAGAAAUAUCCUCUAUCUCCAAGCCGAGUUAGUGCAGCUUGAGGCAGAGCUGCAAAGCGCAACGACGGCAGACGCCCAAUCCCAGGAUCCUCUCCGCCAACAUUAUGGCAACCACUUUCCCCUUCUGAGCACCUCUCUGGGAGCCGGCCACGACGUGCAAUGGACCACAAUGCUCGAAAUCCGGGGUAAACUGGAAAAGUACAACCAGUGCCUUCAGGACCAAAAGGCACUCGGCGAACUGGGUAGACCAGCAAAGCACAACCUCACCUUCCUCCGAAGCUGGUUUGAGCGGCGACACAUGGGCAACCGCCCGAUCAUCAGCAGCGACAGACAUGUCUGGGACGCGGAGAAAGAGCAUGACCUCGUCGUUCUCGAGCCCGCAGGAUUCGCAGACGCUCUGAGCGACUGGAUCUCAGGCCACUGUGUGCCCCUUUACCAUCGAACCAUCGGUAAACACCACAAAGCCACCGUCGACUGGGACCCGGCAUCGGAGAUGUCGUGGUAUUCCUCGUCUGGAAUCCAGGCGGCCGUCGAUGUCGUCGCGACCAUUAUCUCCUGCCUUUUCCCCGUUGGAGCCACCGUCGUUUUGUACUUUGUGCAGAGCAUGGGCGCGCGUUUGGGAGCCUUGGCCGCCUUCACCGCCGUUUUCGCCUUCUGCCUGGCACUCUUGACGAACGCAAAGCGGGUGGAGAUCUUUGCGGCCACGACAGCGUAA